UUUUUUUCUACUCAAUGCCAUUAUUGCAGUUUUGCCCUGUCACCAUUCUCGGGCCCAUUGAGUGAGGAUAGUCAAAGAUUGUUGAAAAGUCCUCGUAAACCACAAAGGAAGGUGCCGAAAAAUCCAUAUAAGGUUUUGGAUGCACCCGAACUUCAGGAUGAUUUUUAUCUAAAUUUAGUUGAUUGGUCUUCUCAAAAUAUGUUGUCUGUGGGAUUAAAUACUUGUGUUUAUCUUUGGAGUGCAUGCAACAGUCAGGUGGGGCGCAACUUAAACUUGCAAUCAAUACUCGCAACCUUCUUGCUUGUAACUUUCAAGGUCAUCAAACUGUGUGACUUGGUGAACGACCAAGAUACUGUAACAUCUGUACAAUGGGCCGACAAAGGAGAGCUUCUUGCUGUUGGUACAAAUCGUGGAAUCACACAGAUCUGGGAUGUCCACACCCAAAAAAUGACAAUGGAAUUAUCCGGUCAUACGUCACGGGUCGGUUGUCUUGCGUGGAAUGGCGACCUUGUUUGUUCUGGUAGUCGUGAUCGACAUAUCAUACAAAGAGAUAUAAGGCAGCCUCAUCUCACAGAGAAGAAAAUGAGCGCGCAUCGUCAAGAGGUAAGUGGUGAUCGGGCUUCAUUUCUUUGUCACAUAAGAAUUUGUUCAAUUAUUGCGAAGUAG